AUGGCGACUAGACACAAAAGUUGGUCGAGCCGUUGUUGUGAGCUGCUGGCCAGCCCCGUGCUUUGGCAGGGCUGCCGGCCCUCUAGCAUCGCCAGCCCUGCAGGGUGCGGCUGGGCCAUGCUGCACACAACACAUCCGAACACACCUGGAGUGUGGCUGGCCCGCGCUGCACACAACACACCCGGAGUGUGGCUGGGCCACGCUGCACACAACACACCCGGAGUGUGGCUGGGCUUUGCUGCACACAGCACAUCUGGAGUGUGGCUGGGCCGUGCUGCACACAACACACCCGGAGUGUGGCUGGGCUCCACUGCACACAACACACCCGGAGUGUGGCUGGCCCGCACUGAACACAACACACCCGGAGUGUGGCUGGGCCGCGCUGCACACAACACACUCGGUGUGUGGCUGGGCCGUGCUGCACACAACACACCUGGAGUGUGCCUGGGCCGCGCUGCACACAACACACCCGGAGUGUGGCUGGGCCACGCUGCACACAACACACCCCGGCUGCAGCCCUGCCCACGGGAGCUCCACGCCACCCCUCCGUGCUCAGUAGCCCGCAGCUCUUCACUGCAGGCGGUCCGUCAUCUUGAGCGGCGCAGGUGCUGCCCUGCUUGUUAA